UUGGUGAGAACACAGCACGUUGUCACAGCAACCCUGGGAGAAGAUGCAAUCUUAAACUGUGAGCUCAAGAAACCCAAAGACGUGCGGCAAGUCACCUGGCAAAAACUGACAACUGGGGCGAAUGAAAAUGUGGCCUCCUAUAGCAAAUACGGUCCUGAUGUCAAUCUACCUUUUAAGGGGAAAGUGGAGUUUGAAGACGAGGGACUGCAGAACUGCUCUAUCAUCAUCAGAGGAGUGUCAAGGGGAGACGAGUGCUGCUACAAGUGUCUGUUUAACACCUUUCCAGAUGGAGCUAUCAGCAGCAAGACCUGCCUCCAAGUCAAUGGUAAAAACUGGUUACAUUAUAUACUGUAAAUGAUUAACCCAGAACAACUUCUUCAGAAUUUCAGGGAUCCAUUUUAUCAAAUCAUACAUCCAAUGUCUUGCAAGCAUUUAUCAAAUGGAAUCAAAUCAAAUUGUAUUGGUCACAUACACAUUUUUAGUAGAUGUUAUUGUGGGUGUAGCGAAAUGCUUGUGUUCCUAGCUCCAACGGUGCAGUAGUAUCUAACAAUUCACAACAAUGCACACAAAUCUAAAAGUCAAAGAAUGGAAUGAAGAAAUAUAUAAAUAUUAGGACGAGCAAUGUCGGAGUGGCAUUGGCUAAAAUACAGUAGAAUAGAAUAUAGUAUAUACAUAUGAAAUGAGUAAAGCAGUAUGUAAACAUUAUUAAAGUGACUAGUGUUCCAUUAUUAAAGUGACCAGUGAUUCCAUGUCUAUGUAUAUAGGGCAGCAGCCUCUAAGGUGCAGGGUUGAGUAAUCGGGUGGUAGCCGGCUAGUGAUGGCGAAUCAUUUAGUAAAUCAUGUAAAUGAAAACAUUAUAGUAUUUACAUUCACUGUGAACUGCGUCUGUUGUUGUUCUGUAGAGCUGUAUGGACCCUCACUCCUCAUCACACAAACCAACAACAGUCACACCACUCUGUCCUGUUCUGCUACUGGACGACCUGCUCCUAUAGUGACCUGGGAUGACAUGAUGAUAGAACAUUCCACCACGGUCGAUGUCACCCAUCCCAAUGGAACUAUCACUGUGACAACUACUGCAACAGUGGCAGUGGCCAGUCUAACUGACAAAGAGGUUAGGUGUGUUGUGUCACUGUCCUUCAGUGAUGUCACCAAGAAUGCUUCCAUGGUGAUUCCAGCUAGGGAUCAAGCUUCAAUUACUGGUGAGAAAUGGUUAGGGAUUAUACCUCCAUAAUAUAUUGACAUGAUCAGGAUGAUGUCAUGAUGAUGUACUGCCUGUCUUCAUGAUGAAGUACUGCCUGUGUUCAUGAUGAAGUACUGCCUGUGUUCAUGAUGAAGUACUGUCUGUGUAUUUCUAUGUUAGGUCAAUCUCAGGUCUCUGAUGAUGACUGGAUCAGUGGUAAGUGGUUGUUAUUCUAAUAAUGACAAGUCAUAAUCAACCUAUUGACUGGCUCUUUUACUAUUUAACUUUCAGGUGUAGUGCAGAGCCAUAUUUACAUGUAAGAGGCCUUGGUGUUGUGUCCCUGGGAAUUUGACCUCUGUCUUCUCUUGUCAUCUCUCUCAUUCACAGGUACAGUGGUUGGUUCAGUGGUUGGUGCAGUGUGUCUCAUUGCUGUAUUCUGGGUAAUGUGGCUGAAAACGAGGAGAAAAUAAACCUCCUCCAGGUAGAGAUAAAAAAAAAGAUUUCCUUGAAACUUAAAACAGUUACUGUGAAUUCAAUACGUGAUUUAGCUGCCUUCUGUUUACUUAAUCAGUUGAUCUCUGAUGUGCAGGAAAAAAAACUUACCGGACCCUGAAAUCAGCAGAACUCCCUUAAAGACACCACCACCAUCCAAGAAACAUGACAAUUACAUUCACUUCCUGAGAAUAUUUGCUAUACAGGUUAAAACACAUUCUUCAUGAUUAAAUAAUUGUAAUAAAAUAAUAAUGAAACCGAUGAUGUGGUUCUUGUCAGUACAUUGUUGAUUUUAAUUUAUUUCAGUUUCACACCAACCUCCAGUCCAUCACACAUGUGAGUAUCUCUACCACCUGAAGAGAUUAAAAUACUUUUAUUUGAAAUAGCUUUUUAAGAUAAAUAAUAAUUAUAACAAGAACAAGUACCUUCUGUUUUUCAGGCCGCACUCGUCAACCAGCUCGUCAACAAAGCGUAGGAUGACUAAGAAGUAG